AUGGCCGAGUCCAAAGAACCUCUUGAGUUAUGGAGACAUUCCUCUCCGGAGACCACCCAGAUGUGGUUCUUCAAAGAGCGGGUCGAGAAGAAUUACGGGGUCAAAUUAGACGGUUAUCAAGACCUUUAUAAUUGGUCAGUUGAGAAUAUUGAAGAUUUUUGGAGGGAGACAUGUCUCUUUACAGGUGUACAUGCCAAAAAGGCGGGGACGCAGGGGGUAGUAGAUGCUUCGUUUGAUCAAAUCCUAGAAAAAGAUGCCCCCAUGUUCCCCCGCCCAGACUUCUUCCCUGGCACCGAACUCAACUUCGCCCAGAACCUGCUCUAUCCACUUCACCCAGACAGCCAGCAUCCCGUCAAAGACCAAGAUAUCGCCAUCAUAGCCGCAACAGAAACAUCUCGCUCCGAAGUUACUUGGGCGGAACUGAGGAAACGGGUUGGAGAAUGCUAUAAUGCACUUCGAUAUCAAGGGGUGAAGCCUCUGGAUAGAGUUGCGGGGUUUGUGGGCAAUCAUACUAAUGCUAUUGUUGCUAUGUUGGCUACUACUGCUUUAGGCGCUAUUUGGACUGCUGUCAGUCCUGAUACGGGAGUUGGGGCUGUAUUGGAUAGAUUGGUACAAAUUGAGCCGGUGGUCUUGUUUGCCGACAAUGCCUCAUUCUACAACGGCAAGAUACAUGAAACAAGUGCCAAGAUCAAAGAGAUAAUAGCUUCAUUGCCAAAACUGCAAGCACUGGUUAUAUUCGAAGAAGUCUCGGCAGUCAAGAUGAAAGAGCAUAUGGGCCAUCUAACACCACCAACCGGUUCUUCAUACACAUACCAAGAGUUCCUCACACGGCAACAUUCUACUAAUCCCUCGACUAGACCACCCACACCUGACACAAGCAUCACCCAAAACAGAUUUACACUCUUUCCUCCAUCCCACCCAGUCUACAUCCUCUACAGCUCCGGCACAACGGGAAAGCCGAAAUGCAUCGUGCACUCCUCCUUCGGAACCCUCAUCCAGCACAAAAAAGAACACAUCCUCCACUGCGACAUCCGCCCCCACGACCGCCUUUUCUACUUCACCACAACCACCUGGAUGAUGUGGCACUGGCUCGUCUCCGGCCUCGCCUCUGCCGCCACAAUAAUCCUCUACGAUGGCUCCCCCUUUGCACCCCACGGCCCCUUCACCAUGCCCCUCCUAAUCGACGAACUAUCCAUAACACACUUCGGCACCUCGGCCAAAUACCUCUCCCUCCUCGAACAGAAAUCCCUCUUCCCCCACCAAAACAACUUGGCCCUCAAACAGCUAAAAGCCAUCUACUCCACCGGCUCCCCCCUCGCACCAAGUACAUUCCAAUACGUAUACGCCGCCUUCGGCCCGGACAUCAAUCUCGGCAGCAUAACAGGCGGCACAGACAUAAUAUCCCUCUUCGGCGCGCCCUCGCCCCUAUCCCCCGUCUUCAGCGGCGAAAUCCAGCAAAAAGCCCUCGGCAUGGCCAUCUCGGCCUUCUCGCCCUCAGGGCUUCCGCUCACGGAUUCCUCGCCCGGCGACCUCAUCUGCUCGCGGCCCUUCCCCUCGCAACCCGUCUCCUUCUACGGGGCUGCAGGUAUGGAUAAGUACCGGGAGAGCUAUUUCGAGAUGUUCCCCGGCGUGUGGCAUCAUGGGGAUUUCGUGCGUUUCAAUGAGCGCACGGGUGGUAUGGUGAUGUUGGGGCGUAGUGAUGGGAUUUUGAAACCGAGUGGUGUGCGCUUUGGAAGCGCGGAGAUCUACAAUAUUCUGCUCAAGUAUUUCGCGGCGGAUGUUGAGGAUGCGCUGUGUAUUGGAAGGCGCAGGGAGGGCGAUGAUGAUGAAGUCGUUGUGCUGUUUUUGAAAAUGGCCGACGGGAAAAGCCUAAGCGAAGGAUUGAGGGAGGGUAUUCGGGCAUGUGUUAGGAAAGAGUUGAGCGCUAGGCAUGUGCCGGGUGUUAUUGAGGAGUGUGUAGAGAUCCCCAUUACUACUAAUGGGAAGAAGGUCGAGGUUGCCGUUAAGCAGAUUCUCUGUGGGAUGAACGUCAAAACUAGCGCUAGUGUUGCGAAUUCAGAGUGUUUAGAAUGGUAUAGGGAAUGGGCUGCUAAGAAUUAG